AAUACAAGUUCAGUAAAUAUUGGUAAAACGGCUCAAACUCUUGGCAUUUUGGUGACCAGCUGAUUUUUGGCCCAAAUUUGUGUGAAAUUGAGGAAAGUGAGUGUAAAAUGUGAGAAUGUGAGGGGAGACUGGGGACAGAGGCCUAAAUAUGACAAGUACCAUUGCAUUGUGGGUAUUAUAACCCGGUCACUGUAUCAGCAGCCAGUGAAUAUGAUACUCGAUAUCAAUGUUAAUAACAAUAGGGAAAACACAGCAGAUACUUUAUUUCCAGGAAAGCUGCUAAUCCUAAUUGUAGUCUUACAUUCAACUUGCCAGGGGGCAAAUUGUUACACAAAAACCACAUUACCCAACAUGCACUGGGAGACACAGGCACAUCAGGGCAACAAAAAACAAACCAGCCAUAAGCCCAAAAUGCAGCCCAAAUCUCUACCUUGUCUAGUUUGUACUUUCAAAACCCGCCUGGGCAUUAAAUUAGUAGCCCAAUUUCUCUGGAAAACAGCCAACCUGGCAACCCUGGCCACUUUCUACUUCCGCUGCCCCCAGUCUGGCACAUUUACUGGCAGUGCCAUAUGUGAGUCAUUGAGAGAUCCCUGACACCCCCUACUCACACCCGAGCCCAUGUACAUCCCCUGCCCAGCAGCCAAUUAGAGCUGAUAUACACAGCUUGUGCAUGGCUGCUUAGUAAUCACUGCAGUCUGCAGCAUAUCUUUUCUAAACAUUGCUACUGAGUCGCUUUUUGCUGCAGGGGGUGCAGUUCAGGGGCCCAGGCUAGUGGUGCAGGUUGGGUUGCCACUUGGCCAGUAUUUUAAAGGCAUGACCAGUAAAAAUGAUGGUUGAUGCCUAUUAAUAGGAAAAAGUCUAUAUAGAUGGCAACCCUAGAGGUGCAGGUUAGGGGCCCAGGUUUGCACUGUGGGGCUAAUACAUUGCUCUUUAUGGCUAACAGGGCAGGGCUCAGCUCUUUGAUCCUCCUGUAAUAAAGGAAUUGCCUUCAGCUUUGAAGAAGAGGAGAGACAGAGCCAUAAAGAAGCUGUAAAUGGGCAGAGACCCUGCGAGCUCAGCCGCUCACUCAUCAAUAUUAUUAUUAUUAUUGCCCCCAGCGGGGCCACCAAAGAUCUUCAAAAUCCUUCCCGUGACUGAAGCAGCUUCAAGACUGAACAAAUCUCACACCCCCGGGCCUCCCCUCUCCAGUUCACACAUGUCCAGGCCGAGCCCAAACUGCACCGCCGAGUGGUUGGAGUUGAAGUUAAACUUGAGCAUUUGCUGUGUCUCUGCCUGUACGGGCAUCUCUGUGCCACUCUUAAUGGGCAGCUCUUCAUUUAAAGGCUACUGAGGGGCACAAUGGCCGGCACUUGCUGAUGGGAAAUAUCUCCAUUACUGACCCGUUACCUUCUAUGGACUUCUGACUCUCUAUUGUACAACAGCCUGGCACAACCAGGAGCACCCCGAGGCACUAAUACAGCAGAAAGUCCAGUGACCCCUCUUAUUUCAGCCAUGAGGUUCCUCCUAUGCGUCUCUGUGUUCCUGGGAGUCGUGGGCCCCACACAGGCCUUACCCUUUAUCCUCACCCAUCUCAGUACCCGCAAGAGCAGCUGCAAAUCCAUCCCCGGCACUAUGACCCUGUGCCACGGCGUGGGCUACACUGAGAUGCGCCUGCCCAACCUGCUGGGACACGACACUAUGAAGGAGGCUCUGCAGCAGGCGGGUUCCUGGGUGCCACUCCUUUCUAAACAGUGCCACGCAGACACCAAGAAGUUCCUCUGUUCUCUAUUUGCCCCCGUGUGUUUGAGUGAACUAGAUCAGGCCGUGUACCCCUGCAGGUCCCUCUGUGAGGCAGUGCGGGACGGCUGCACCCCCGUCAUGUCUGCAUUUGGCUUCCCCUGGCCUGAUAUGUUCAACUGCACCCAGUUUCCCCUGGGGAAUGAGCUGUGUGUGCCCCCUGCUGGCAGUGAGGAUAAACAGCAAGAGCUUAAAGAAGAGGUGCCCUGCUCCGCCUGCCGUAACCGGGGUGACCCCGACAAGGAUUUCCUACAGAAUUACUGCUCUUCUGAUUUUGCUCUGAAGAUGAACAUCCGCUCAGUGUCCACCCUGGAAGGAGACAUCAUGGUGGUUCCAGAAGUGAAGAGCAGGACGGUGUAUAAGAGCAAGGGCUGGAGUGAUGAUGAGCUGAAGAAGACGCUUCUCUGGCUGCCAGAUGGAGACAACUGCCUCUGCCAGGACAUUCAUGAGCCGGGCACCACCGUGCUGCUUCUGGGCCACCGGGCAGACGACAGACUGGUCAUCUCAUGGGUCAGAAAGUGGCAGAAGAGUGAAAAGGAAACCAAGAGAUUUUCCAGAACUGUGCGCAAGAUGCAUUGCUAGAUGGGCAACGGGAUGCGAGGUGGGUCCGGAUGUGUUUCAUUUAUUUGGGUCCCUCCGGUUCCACCUGCUCUGAUUGGAUGGGACUGAGACUGUUCUCCUAAAAUAAUGGCGUCUCUCACAUAUAAUGAGUGGGAUGGAUUUGCUCAGAGACCUCACCAGCUGCAGGUCUUGUUAUGUCGGGUUUGUGGGUCAGAACAUCCCAGUAACUGAGACUGUCCUUGCCCACUAUCUCCUGAUGUGUUGGAGACCCCCCCCCCGUGUGUGACAUUGGCACUUGUACUGGGCAUGGAGGUUGCCUGGUACCAGUGAGACCAACUGUUGGGUUUGGAUCAGGUCUAUGAGCAGAACUUGUGAAAUAAUGUGUCAUCUCUGCCCAACAGCCCACCCCGAAUCACUUCUUUUAUUUCAUUUUAUCUCUGUUUCUCUGGGGGGGAAAGACUGACCCAAUUGCAAUGGUGACUGAACUCAGGGGGUCAGUAGUACCGACCCCACAAACCCCCCCACUGUGCUGAUCCAGUCUGUUUCCUUAUAGAAGAGGGACAUUUGGGAUUUGUAGUCACAGAAUGGCCUCUUUAUUUCGGCUGCCCCCCCUCCCGGCCCCCCAUAAGCCUAGAACUUGUGGGUGCAGAGACCCUGUAUAUAAUGAGCCCUCCCUGUAUAAAUAACCCCUUUGUCCUCUGCUCAUUCAUGAGUCGUGCCCCGGGGCUCAGCAGAUCAUUCUUUUCCCCCAUUCCCAUAUUUGCUGCUUAAUAAGAAACAGAUGUUGAAACAAGUUCAUACAGAGCCCAGAGCGGGGCCCCUGGGAGACUGGGGGGGUUUCAUUACACACGGACUUACUGCUCAGCUAUAGAUCCAAUUUGUCCUUUGUCUGGUACCAGGCGGGGAGGGGGGGUUGUUCAGCAAAAUACUUUUAUAUUAUCCCUGUACUUUUUAUAAAGUAUGUGCUUCAGUUUUAUUGUUACAUUAGAUCUUCAGUCUCCAUAAAGUGACAUCUUGUA